UUUUACUUUUUAAAUAUGAGAUCAAGCUUAGCUCUUCGUUUAAGAAAUUCCAUAGAUAACACUCAAAUAUAAUAUGAUAAUAAAUACUCUGUUCAUGUGAAUACUUAGCAACCAGUCUUAAGUCCUAGAAAGUCAGUUGAUAAAACUACUAUUCAUUAGAUAUAUAAAGUAACUUAACCAUAACAAAUAAAAAAUAAAACAAUAUAAUUGAACAGAGAUGUGUAUGGAUAUAAUUUCAAAUAUAAUAAUUCGGUAGAUGUAAGUUUAGAAGAAUUGAAAAAAAUAAAAACAUUAGAAAAAAGUUUAUAUUGCAUUUAAGACAAUCGAAAAAUAGUGAAUAAUAAAAUGACUAAUCAAAAAUAAUAGGUUCUGUAAAUAUAAUUAAUAUUCUUCUUAGGAUCCUUUUUAAAUUAGCAAUAGCUUAGAAAAAUAACAGAAAAAAUAUUCUCUUCCUAUUUUAAAUUAGAGAUAAUCUCCUUAACAUAAUAAUCAAGAAAAGAUUAAAAUUCCUAUGUUACCAUCAAUUUCUGAAAAUACAUAUUCAAAAUAAAUUAAUUUUAGUAUUGAGAAAUGCCUAGAAGAAAUAAACAAAAUAAAAAGUGGUGGUUAAAAAGAACAUUCUUAGUCUACAGAGAGG